AUGGGGGACAAAUCCCGCCCACUAUCAACAUUGUACGACAUAUUGAAAAUCCAGGAAACAGCAACAACCGAAGAUAUUCGUAAAGCUUAUAAACGACGCGCGCUGCAAACUCACCCUGAUAAGCUUGGACCGACUGCUUCAGUUAGGGAGAAGGAGAUGGCAGAAUCGGAAUUUCGCCUCGUGACUCAGGCAUUUCAAGUACUGUCUGAUGCUCAGCGAAGGAAGCGUUAUGAUAGCUAUCUGAGGCCGCCUCCGAAACCUACGUACCCAAGGUCUCAGUCUGCACCAUCCUCAUCUAAGGACGACUGGGACGCAUCUACCCAACGACAGACAAAGCUGAAGCGUGACAGGGCAGAAUGGGCCAAGAAGGUGGCUCGCGAACAUGAGGAACGAAUGCAGAAUCUGCAUAGUCGGCCUUCAAUGCCAACCAGUCCCCCAGUGGUGCCUGUAGAACCCCAAAUAGACAAUCCGUUGGUUCGGAAAUUCUUCGAGGACCUGAGGGCCCGGAAUCCUGAAUGGGUGCAGAGGGAAAGGGAAAUUAGGCAGGUGCGGUAUCUCCUAUCGGCGUCAUGA